AAAAGUGGAAGUUUUUAACAUUUUGGAAGUUUUUCGUGAAUUUCGUCAUAAAAAUAAAGGUGAUAAGAACGAAUUGAAGUCGUUUGCGACAUCCGUCGUCGUUUUCGUUGGAAAAUUAUCAUCACGGCAAGAGCUAAUCGCUGCAACCGGAGAGGAAAGUUUCCGUGCACUUACAAACGGUUUUUAACAGUUUCCCGAUAAUUCCACGGCCGAGUUUCAUGUUGUUCAACCCGGACGAUAUCGGUUGAGCGGUGCAGUUGUGCGUGGUCUCGAAUUCUGUGCCCUGUUCGCAAAGCCCGCGUAGCUGCUGCGUGUAAAUAAAGGUCGUCGCGUUGUUUGGCCGAGUUCUUCAAGGCCCCUCUCAUAUGCUGUUACUGCGACUGCAACCUUCGGUGGUUCGAUCGAACAACAUACCUCGCGAUCUGUGAAGAAGCUGCCGUAAGCGCGCGCCUUGUAAAGCAAAACAGAAAAGUGCGUUCCGAUGCGCGGAAGGUGCGGUUGCCAAGUGCAUCAGCAAGAAGCUAUCGCUGGCCAUUACGCACCCUGAUCGCCGUUCCGUGGUAUCUCCGUGUGUGCAUCAGCAUCACGAAAGGAGGUGUGCCGCCGUGGCUGAUUUGGAAAACGGAAGGUGGUCAAUCUCGGAGUGUUCUGUUGGUCCGGUUUGUGUGUGUGCGUAGAUUUCGGGUUGUGUAGUGUGUUUAUUUUGGUUCCGUGCGUGAUUUCGUAACGGCGUGACGGGUGUGCGUAAGUGUGUGUCGAUUUAUGUUGAGGGAGAGAAAGUGCGUGAGGCCGCCAAGUGCUGAAGCGCUGCUCGUGAAUCGCAGGGCCAAACGGCGGAGACGAAAACGCAAGAGAAGGGUUCGCCAGGUGCGUGUCUCAUCCCACGUGUGUGUGCAUUUGUGUGCUAGUGUGUGCCCUCUCCGUUGCUUUCGUCGUCUCAAUUAGUGCAACCUACUAGUAAACAGUCCAGGGAGUCCGUGGCACCCAGCAAGCAAUCGAGAGAGAGAGAGAGAGAAUCGUCACAACAACAAAAGAAUCAUCCUCAUCGCGUGCACCAAGCAAUAGAGACGAACGAGCAGCAUUCACAUCAUCGCAUACACUACGGUGGUGUUGGGCGCGAUAAGGGUCGACCGUCCGAAAUGACGAAAACAGCAUCGCCUACUACGAAGGCGAUGGAUUCGGCGGGCAAGAAGGCGGUGAAGCCCGUCAAGGAGAAGCGAAGGAAUAAUGAGAAGCGCAAGGAAAAGUCGCGCGAUGCCGCUCGCUGUCGGCGUUCGCGAGAAACGGAGAUCUUUCAGGAUCUGGCAAGCUUGUUGCCGAUGGCGCAGGAAGAGGUGGACCAUCUGGACAAGGCGUCGGUGAUGCGUUUAUCGAUUGCCUAUCUCAGGGCUCGCAACAUGCUGGAACUGUAUGAUUUUCCUCAGAAGAACGAGAAAAUGGAAAUCAAACAGGAUGAAGACGUAUCGAUGGAAGCAACGACCGCCGAUGUCGAUAGGAAGCUGGAUUUGAAGGCACUCGGCUUGGAACCGGAAAUGGUUCCGUUACAGGCGCUGGAUGGUUUCCUUCUGGUUCUUUCGGUCGACGGGGAUGUGACCUACGUUUCGGAGAAUGUCAGCGACUAUCUCGGCAUUGCGCAGAUCGAUAUCAUGGGUCAGCCGAUCUGGGAGUACAGCCACCAGUGCGAUCAUGAUGAGCUGCGGGAGGCCCUGAACGGUCGACACCAUUCUCCGUCGGAGCUGCUGAACGGGGUGGCCAACAGCGAGUGCCGCCCGUUGGAAAACCGGGAUUUCUUUCUCCGCCUCAAGUGCACCCUGACCAGCCGCGGCCGUAGCGUCAACAUUCGGAGCGCUUCGUACAAGGUGCUGCACGUGACCGGACAUAUCGCGUGCAAGGAUAAGGAGGGCCAGCGGCAACUGGUGUCCAUCGCUCGGCCGCUGCCACACCCGGCCAACAUUGAGGUGCCGCUCGGAUCGAGCACCUUUCUGUCGAAGCAUACGCUGGGUAUGAAGUUUAGCUACGUCGAUGACAAAAUGCUUUCGCUGCUCGGAUAUGAGCCGUCCGAUCUGCUUGGCAAAUCAAUGUUCGAGUGUCAUCACGCAAGCGAUGCCGAUCAUUUGAUGGGAACCUUCAAACAUGUCAUCAGCAAAGGUCAGAGCGAAACCUGUCGCUACCGGUUCCUGGCCAAGAUGGGUGGAUAUGCUUGGGUCGUGACGCAGGCUACGGUCAUCUACGACAAGCAGAAACCACACAGCAUCGUAUGCGUCAACUACGUCAUAAGCGGUGUGGAGAACAAAGAUGAGAUUUUGUCGUGUGCACAGCUGGAAGCGCGUGAACAACAGCAACAACUGUCCGUCGAAGCAGAGCAGUGUAGUACGAGCGGAAGUGUUUGUACCAGUGCCAGCGCUAUUGAACCACAUCCGCGCAACAGCGUACCAGCACUAGCAUCAGCAGCACCAGCUCUACCAGCUGACAUCGCAAUAGUGAAAGUGCCAGCGGAAGA